AUGGCUGCACCCCGCGUUUUCAUCGUCCGCCACGGCGAGACUGAGUGGUCACUCAACGGCCGACACACGGGUAGCAGCGACAUCCCCUUGACGGCCAACGGCGAGAAGAGAGUCAUUGCUACGGGCAGGGCUCUCGUGGGCGAUGACCGUUUGAUUGUUCCCCACCAGCUGUGCCAUAUUUAUGUAUCUCCACGAAAACGAGCACAGCGCACCUUUGAGCUGCUUAAUCUUGGUAUAUCUGGUCCACUGCCAUGGCAACCGCACGGCAAUUCGCUUGGCGGCGGCCUCGAAUGUGGUGCCAAGGUCGAGAUUACCGAGGACAUUCGGGAGUGGGACUAUGGGGACUACGAGGGUAUCACAAGCCCAGAGAUCCGCAGAAUGAGAGCCGAGCAAGGUAUUGAAGGAUCUUGGGACAUUUGGAAAGAUGGCUGUCCGGGAGGAGAGAGUCCGCAAGAUGUCACCGACCGCCUAGACCGUCUUAUCGCCGACAUUCGUCAAAGAUUUCAUGGGCCUGUGCUAAAUUCAUCUGAUGGCAAGAAGCUGCACAAGGUAUCAGGCGAUAUCCUGAUAGUUGCACACGGACACAUCCUGCGAGCUUUUGCUAUGCGUUGGGCCGGUAAAACCCUUCAGGAUGGUCCAGCAUUCUUGCUCGAGGCUGGCGGAGUGGGAACUUUGAGCUACGAGCAUCACAAUAUCGAUGAACCUGCCAUUCUGCUCGGCGGAGCUUUUGUUGUUGAUAUCGAAGAGAAGGGACAGUAA